AUGCGGGUGCUGCUGGGAUGGAGCGUGCUGUGGGCUCUCGUCGCCCCGCUGAGAUCCCAGAACGAUACGGAGCCCAUCGUGUUGGAGGGCAAAUGUCUGGUGGUUUGUGACUCCAACCCGGCCACCGACUGGAGGGCGUCUACUUCGCCGCUGGGCAUCUCGGUGCGCGCCUCCAACUCCAAGGUGGCGUUCUCGGCGCUGCGGAGCAACAACCACGAACCCUCCGAGAUGAGCAACAAGACCAGGAUCAUUUACUUCGAUCAGGUUCUUGUAAACAUUGGAAACUUUUUCACAUUUGAGUCUGUGUUUUUGUCCCCAAGAAAAGGAGUCUACAGUUUUAACUUCCAUGUCAUUAAAGUGUACCAGAGCCAAACAAUACAGGUGAACCUAAUGUUAAAUGGGAGACCUGUCAUCUCAGCCUUCGCGGGCGACAAGGACGUAACCCGUGAGGCCGCCACAAAUGCAGUUCUGCUCUAUUUGGAAAGGGAGGACAAAGUCUACCUGAAAUUGGAGAAGGGAAACCUGGUCGGUGGAUGGCAGUACUCUACAUUUUCUGGCUUUCUCGUCUUUCCGCUGUGA